AUGUCCAACAACGACUCUGCAAACAUGUCGAACGACAACCAACAACAGCAGACGACCGAGCAACAACAACAGCCCGAACAACAGCAAGAAGCCGAGAUCCGCGGCCUACAAGCCGCCAACCGCGCCCUCGUCGCCGAGAACGUGACCUUCCGCGAGGAGAUCUACGGUCUCCUGCACGGCGAGCAGCCAGCAGAGACGGCGAACCGCGCCCUGGAAGCGGAGAACCGGCUCGAAAUACGGAACCGCGCGCUCGAGGACCGGGUCCAGGGCGUGCAGCAGCGGCUGGAGGACGAGCGCACCGGGUUCUGGAUUAUUGUCCGUGGGCUGGAGCGCAGGAGCCAAGGGCUACAGGACCAGGUAAGACGCCGUGAUGAGCGGGACCGCUUGGUUGCUGAGCUGAGGGAGAUGAUGGCCGUGCUGGUAAGGGCGGAGCAGGCCGAGCAGCAGGCCGGAGGCGUUGAGAUGGAUGCGGAUGCGCCUGGCGAGGCGGGAGAGGCACCGGCGGAGCGCGAGGGGGAUGGUCCGGUUGGUGGUGCUGCCAACGAUUUGGAGCUAGACGAGCACGAGGCGGCGGCAAUUGCGCAGGCGUUGGAGACGGUGGCGACCAUGUUUGGGAACCAUAAUCGCCUUCGCUGA